GUCAAAUAAUGUGUCAAUCACCUGUGAAUCAAACUGUGUGUGGCUCAGUUCAUGUCACAGUGUUGUUUAGUAUAUCUUCACUUGUCUCACUCUCCUUCUGUUCUGUCCAUCAGGACGAUCCUCAGCGCUUACACAGAUCCUCCAUCGAUGUUUUGGAUCCAAUCAGUGAUCAGUUCUACGAGGAGGCCUGGAUGUUCACCAGCGCUCGCUACACCUCCAUCUACCAGAAGGUUUUCCACUGUCGGCCAUCCAGCGAUGCUGGAGGGCUACCUGGCCAAUGCUGGCCUACACAAAGAGGUCCCAGCUCGGAGGAGCUGAAGAAGAUCCUUGCCUUCCUCGUCAGUUUCCUCUUCAGUUCCUAUCCCAACAAAACCUUCUUGCACCUAUUAGCUCCAAAGAGGCUAUGGUGCCCGUGGAGGUCUGGACCUGAGGCCUGUGCUCAUCACGUGGAUAGAAAACACUCUGACACCAUUCUGGAGAUGUUGACUGUGACCUCAGAGGCCAACUGGACCACACAGCUGCAGCAGGAGUGAGGGAGAGGAGUCUUCAUCCAGCUUCAAAGAAAACAUCCAGUUAGAAACCCUGCAGCAACCCGACCCAAAACUGUGUCUUCUUGUUGGCCUCAACGUUGAAGUGUCAAACGUCCAACAUCUGGAAAGGAAACCACGCCAGUGUACUGUGAUGUUUCACCAACAUGUGGCAGACGCUGGUCCUGCCUUUCAUGCUGACAUCAGCAGAGAGCCCCGCCUACCUCAAAGCCUCCCCUGUCAUGUAUUGAUCAGGAUGAUUAUGAAGAUGAGCGAGUGCAAAUAAGACUGUAAAAGUCCACGAGCAGAAUGUUUGGAUGCUUUCUAAUGAUUCAUGAAUAUCAUGAGAGUGUUUGUGUGUUUUGUCUUUUCUUUGCUGACGUUUGUUACUAACAAAGACAAUUUACGCUCUGUGUGUGUUUUCAUCCUUACCAGCCGCACUCUGACUGCAAUGAAGGAAACAAACUGUAGAAAUCGUCGACUCAGUGACUUCAUAAAAUAUUGAAGUGGUUCAGGUAGAGCCAGUUUUUAAAUGACCAUGAACACUGAGCGUAUUGUAUCUGUACAGCAUGUUUU